AUGAUUGAUAUUGUUCAGCCUGCACAAGCGACGACUUUCCACGCCUCCGUACGGAUUACUUCUAUGAUUGUUGAUCUGGCAGCAGUCAAUGAAUUAAAGGCAGGGCUGGGGAAUGAGGCAGAUUACGAACAGUUUGCCCUGAAAAAGAGAUUUGCAUCUGUAUAA